AUGAGUCCACCAGUGGCAGGGUAUGGGUCCGGUAAGGACAUUGAGGGAUGCUGUAUUUUAUUGUUUCAGAUUGAUCGUCUUCGCACCGUCCUUAACGAGACGGUGGAGAUCCAUGGGAAAGGAAAUUUCCCAACGAUUUCGGCUCGUCUUAUUGAUAUCAUCUCAUGUGUGAGGGAUAAACUCAGAGAAGCUGGCAUGCCCCCAAAAUCGGUGAAACUCAAUGGAGGUGCGGCUUCGCAUGUCGCUUCAGCUGACGAUUUCUCUUACGCUGAUCUUGAUCUCAUUUUCCCGAUGGAGGUAGAGAAUUCGGACAGUUUUGAUAAGGUUCGCGAAGCUGUAUUUGAUACCAUCAUGGAUAUGAUGCCAUCCGCAAAUAAAACGAAAAUCAACGCUGACACUUUGAAAGAUGUCUACAUCGGCAAGAUGGUGAAGGUGUCUGGUGAGGACGAUCGCUGGUCGUUGUUCUCGCUACACAACGACUUUGGACGGUGUAUCGAACUGAAGUUCGUCGAUAAAAUGCGUCGGCAGUUCGAAUUUUCCGUCGACUCGUUCCAAAUCACCCUCGAUUCGUUGUUGGACGAUUUCAAUGCGCCUGAACCUAAAGUCUACAUCGAAAGCAUGUUCGGCGAUGUGCAUCAGGCGAUGUCUCACCUGCACGAACGACUCAUCGAUACUCGCCGUCCUGAAGAGAUUCGUGGUGGAGGACUACUUAAAUAUUGUCAUCUACUUACAAGAGGCUAUAAAGCAGCUCGGCCAUCAAAAUGCCGGCAACUGGAGAGGUACAUGUGCUCUCGCUUCUUCAUCGACUUCCCUGAUGUAAUGAGCCAAGAGCAAAAGCUGAGGACUUAUCUGGACAAUCAUUUCGGCUCGAACAAUGACCAGCAAAUAUUUCAGUGGUCAAGCUCGGGCGAUGAGACUGAUUCGGAGGCGUCAACCAGCCAGGCACCGUCAACGAUACUGGCACAAAGUCAAGCCAAAUAUGACUUCUUGAUGCUUCUGCAUCGUGUAGUCAGUGAAAGUACGGUAUGCCUGAUGAGCCAUGAAAGACGUCAGACGUUGGUGAUGAUCGACCGACUCGCAUUUCAGGUAUCUCUGAGCAUCUACAAUCCACAGAAUACCGUUGCCGGUCAUACGCCACGUACAACACUCUUUUACCUCCCACGUAAUACAACGCAGUGGAUACCGGUAGUAUGA